AUGAAUAAUAAGAAUAACCAGAUUUCUACCCAUUUCCCACUUGUUUUUGUCUCUCUUUUGAAGCCUGAGACAGCUGCUGCGCUCAAACGCACUGUUGAGGCUCUUCUGGAGAGAGGAGCCAUCGUGAGGAACCUUGAGAACCUGGGCGAGAGGUCUCUACCCUACAAGAUCUCCAAGCACAAGGAGCGUCACAGGAGAGGAGGGUACUUCCUGAUAGACUUAGAGGCUCCUCCUUCCAUUGUCUCAACCAUGAUGGAACAUUUAGGACGUGACAUUGAUGUCAUUAGAAGAGGCUUUAUAAAGCAUCCCCAGGCCAAGCCACAAGAAUGCAAUGGCAUCAUCCCAGUUGACUAUGAAGAGAAACUAACUGGCAAGAAGAAGUGA